AUGGCUGCGCCAUACGGAGAACAAACCUCUGUAACCCAGUCAAGAAUACCUUCUGCGCCCUCCGCUAAAGCCGAGAAGAAUCACCUGAGUGGGCGCCGCUCUACAUCUGACCCAGAAGCGUUGACUUCGUCCGACGAUGGUAGGGACCACGCGCCGCCGACGCAGAGAAUUACUACACCUGCAACUAAGCCAGAGCGUCGGGCCUCAUGGCUGAAUGACGUGUCGCUCGCAGCCGAGCAAAAGCAUUCUCUGCUUAGGGGCCCGGUCACUUCUGGUGUCUCCUCAAGCACUUCUAGUGACCAGGUACCAUGGACAGCAAAUACCAGCGUCAGCAGGAGGCCCUCCAACUGGAGUCAAUCCUGGAGAAGCUCUUUCCCCUGGGGCACUGACAUCUGCAACACUGAACACGGGGAGGAAACACCACCGCACUUGUCCGAGAUCAUGGCCUCUCAGACCAUGGCCAACCUCUCGCCUGCGAGUGGCCUUCUCGGUGACGAAAUGCUCAACCCGAUCACUCACACCAUCCCCACUGAAUCAGACGUUCCAGGCUCGGUUCCGCUGCAUCUCACCCCCAAGACCCGCCGUUCCCAGUCAUCCUCUGUCGGGCCGUUGUCUGCUUUUGAGCUACAUGCUCGGCGGCCAAGCGUUCUCAGAGUACUGCGACACGAUUCCGCCAGCUGCAGCCGUAAUUGGGUGGAGGACCAUGGUGAAGAGAGCCUCAACAACUCUGGUGGGGACCUCAAUCGACCCGCUGAUCAAGCUCGAACGAUUAAGCAGCUUGCACGCGAAAAUGCUCUUUUACGCCAGGAGGUCACGGACCAAAUCUUUUCACUUCUUCGAAUUCGGGGUAGUAUCCCUAAAGAGGAUCUUGUUGUAGACGAUUUAGGGGAAUUCCACGAUGUCCAGGAGUACAGUAACUUGGGCAGCAACUCAAAGCGGCCCAUUUCCGAGCAUUCACCCGAUUUGGGGCAGCAAUUUUCAUCAUUCACUCCGAAUCGUCCCUACACAUUUGCCGAUAUGCCCAUGCGUCGUAUCUCCAUCAGCUCGAUUGACUCGCACGCAUCUGCUACCACUCUGUCUGGGCUUAGGGACCGCAAUGAAGGGUAUGGAAAUACCAACAACUUCUCUGACCUUUCUGUACUCCCCCAAACUUUUUACCCGUGCGGACAGACGUCGAGUGAUGAGUGUCCAUCAGACAUUCCACCCUCUCCUAGUCGAUAUGCAAUUUCUGGCGCUGAUGACCGUCAACCGCAACUCUUGUCAGAAGCACGAAAAAACCAACUUCUAUACCUUGUCACAUUCAAGUGUCACCGCGCAGAUAUCUUCUAUGUUCAGAAGGAUAGUGAUAUUAAUGUGAAGGCGGGUGAUCUUGUCAUCGUCGAGGCUGACCGAGGCACGGACUUGGGCACUGUGCAGCAUGCCAAUGUGACAAUACAGAAGGCGCGCGACCUCAAACAGCGGUAUGCCCAGGAGCACUACAAACGGCUUAUGUUUUUGCAUCAAAGACAACAUGAGGGCCCGAACUUGGCAAAUACAGGCAUGCAUAUCAUCAAUGGUAUGGACGGCGUGGGCACCCACGCACAUGGCGUGCAGAAGACCGGUGCAAAUAUCAAGCCCAAGCUCAUCAAGCGCCUAGCACAGUAUCAUGAGAUCGAACCGCUGCGCAACAAGGCAGGAAACGAGGUCAAUGCUAAGCGGGUCUGCCAGCACAAAGUCGCCGAACAUCGGCUAAACAUUCAAGUUCUGGACGCCGAGCUUCAAAUGGACGGGAAGAAACUCACAUUCUACUACUUCGCGGAUUCGUAUAUCAACUUCAACUCAUUGGUCGCCGAGUUAUUUAAGAUCUAUAAGACUCGAAUCUGGAUGUCCGCCAUCAACCCUGCCGCAUUAAUGAUGCCGCCGACAGCCGCCCUGCAGGGACCCAGCAGGUUGAGCAACCCGCUUUACAGAGAGGACGAACGAUAUACCGACUGUCGCCACCUGUGUGGCGACUCGACCUACGAUGGAGUACGGGAUGCGGCCAAUACUCAACCCGAGAGCACGCUUUUCACCGCUUACAAUGACCCUUACGAACCAUUGGCUCAGCCAUCACGCCGAGUGGCCGCGGCGAACGAAUCAUUUUUCCAUUCUCUCCGGUCACCUAUUACCCCAUGGAGAUGA